AUGACCACCCAAAUGAAGCAUAAUUGGGAACCACCAACUACCACUCUCGUUAAAAUUAAUGUGGAUGCAGCCAUAUCCAAUGGUAAUAAUGGAGGAGUUGAGGCGGUGAUUAGGAAUGGUAUGGGUCACAUUCUUACAGCAACAAUAUGGCCCACAACACAACCACUUGAAGCCCAUGAAGCAGAGGCUCUUGCAAUAUAUUUGGGGAUGAAGCUAGCAAAAGAAUGUUGCUUUAUGGAGAUUGUUGUAGAGAGUGAUUGCAUAGAAGUGGUAAAUGCACUCAAACACAGUAGACCAAACCCAACUUGCUUCAGAGCUUUUGUAGUAGAUGCUCUAUCUUUGAUGUGUAACUUUAGAAUAAUGGCUUUCACUCAUGUUAAAAAAAGUGGAAACAAAGUAGCCCAUAAAUUAGCAAAAGAGUAG